AUGGUUGUUAGGGUCAAUCUCAAUCUCAUUUUUCAGUCCUCGCAACUGAUUCUGGCUGGUGUGACAAUCGCCGCUGCGAGUUUUGCUGGUCGAGCAUUGUUGAAGAAUCGAGCAUUCAUCAAGAAAACCAUCGAUUCGUUGCCUAUCGAUACGUUUUCGAAAUAUCACCGUGGUGGCUUUGAAGCGAAAAUGUCCAAGCGAGAAGCGGCUUUGAUUUUGGGAGUACAGCCAUCGGCAAAACCUAUCCGAAUCAAGGAAGCUCAUAAACGAAUCAUGAUUGCUAAUCAUCCAGAUAGAGGAGGAUCACCGUAUUUGGCAUCUAAAAUCAACGAAGCGAAAGAUCUGUUGGACUCGACAAAUCGUUAA